AGUCGUAUACGUAACAUGAUUAUUAUACACUGAAUCAAGGUCAAAUGUGAGCGAUUUGAAUACAGCUAUUGACAAACGGAUAUAAUGUCCAGAGAUGGGAUGGAAAAUUCAUGAGUAUGUAAGAUCAAAUCUAUAAACAUUUGCCACAUCUCUAUAUAUGUAGUUAGUUACAUAAUAUCAUCCUUGAAAACAAAAACAAAUCUGGUCAAUAUUAUUAAUGAUUCCGAUAUUAGUACUUAGUCAUUUAGUUUAGUAAAAUAAUGUAUUUAAAGAUAUUGAUUUCAUAUUUCAGCCUGUCAGUAUGUGGAAGGAUACUCUAAUAACAUUUCUCGAAGAAAACCGCGGUCUAGUAAUUUUGCUUUUCUGCCUGCCUGCAAGUUUCAUUUUCAACUUCAUCUUAUCGCUUCGUACGCAAUUGCAUCGAGCCAUAUUCAGCAGUCCAAAACUUCAUGAUCAACGCGUCAGCAACAUCCAAAAGCAGAUUCAAAAAUGGAACCGAAUGCCGAAAGAUGAAAAAAAAUUACUGUGCACUUCAAGGCCGAACUGGAUGAGUUUGUCGACAACUUUUUUCAGGAAAGAUCAAUGUCACCAGAUCCGUAUUGAUUUAUUUGAUAUAUUGGAGCUUGACGAGGAAAAUCUCACUGUUAGGGUAGAACCUAUGGUGACUGUUGGUGAUAUCACCAAGUUUCUCAUCCCAAAAGGGUAUACGUUAGCUCUAACGUUGGAAAUUGCUGAUGCUACGUUAGGAGGUCUAGCAAUGGGCACAGGCAUGACAACUCACUCCCACAAAGCCGGAUUAUACCAUGAAACCAUAGUAUCCUAUGAGGUCGUGCUAUCAGACGGCAGCCUUGUCAGAGCUUCAGCGACAGAAAACGAAGAUCUAUAUGCUACUUUACCUUGGUCUCACGGUAGCCUAGCUUUUCUUGUCGCUUUAACUAUCAAAAUCGUCAGGGUUAAACCCUACAUAAAAUUAACCUAUAUACCUGUUAAGGGUAUGAAGGGCUACUGUGAUAUGAUCAGAAUGGUAUCGGGCGACGAUGGAGAAUAUCCUACUGCCGAUUACGUUGAAGCGACAAUUUUCAGCAAAAAUGAGGCUGUAGUGAUGGUUGGAGACUACUCAGAUAUGGAUGCGUCAAUACCAGUAAACCACGUGGCCAGGUGGUACAAGCCUUGGUUUUAUAAGUACACAGAGGAAUUUUUGUUCAAAGGAAAAUACACAGAACUCAUACCACUUAGAGACUAUCUUCUGAGACAUAAUCGUGCGAUAUUCUGGGUGGUAGAAUCAAUGAUACCAUUCGGAAACAACCUGUUAUUCAGGCUUCUAUUUGGAUGGCUUCUACCGCCAAAACCAGCGUUUCUAAAAUUCACCACAACGCCUGGUGUUCGAAAUUUCACUUUCACGAAACAAGUGUUCCAAGACAUAGUACUGCCAAUCAGAAAACUAGAAGCGCAAAUUGAAAAAUCUGAAGAGUUAUUCGACGCAUAUCCAUUGCUUGUCUAUCCAUGCAGGGUUUAUGAUCGAGGGGCACAUACUGGUCAGCUUAAGCCCCCCAAAAAGGAGUAUUUAGUUGAAGGUACAAAUCAUGCCAUGUACAACGAUUUAGGUAUUUAUGGAGUGCCCGGGUUUGUCAAGAGAAAGGAAAAAUACAAUCCAGUAUCUGCAAUGAGAAGUAUGGAAAAAUUCACAAGAGACGUUGAGGGCUUUUCAUUUUUAUAUGCUGAUAUUUUCAUGACCAAGGAAGAGUUUGAGCAGAUGUUUGAUUUAAGACUGUAUGAAGUAGUGAGGAAGAAAUAUGGUUCUGAAGGAGCAUUUCCACAUUUAUAUGAUAAAGUCAAACCUGAAAUUGAUGUAUUUGAAAUUGGAAGGCAAUGUGAAAUAAAAUAACAUUUGUUCAAAAGGUUGUUCUAGCGGUAGACCGCUUAAAAACGUACGACUUUGACAACAUCUUUACUGAAGAGGAUAAUCAAGAAACAAUUUACAAUGAAUGUGUGAAACCCUUGAUAAAAUAUGUCAAAGAAGGAUAUAAUUGCACAGUAUUUGCCUAUGGACAGACAGGAACAGGCAAAACCUACACAAUUGGUACUGAUCCCCAGGUAAAAGACCAGAACCAGUUGGGGUUGAUUCCUAGAACACUGAAUGAAGUUUUUGAAUACAACCAAAAUGAGAAUUUGGAAAGUGAAAUAUUGCUAUCAUUCAUAGAAAUAUACAAAGAGAAAGUAUAUGACCUACUUCAAAAUGAGAAUAACCAGCCACUUUUAGUUAAAGGAAUGAAAGCAGAGGGAUUUCGUAAAGAAAAGGUAUUUAACUUUAGAGAUGCCACACACUUUUUAAAUAUGGGCAACAAGAAUCGACACAUAGCAGGGACUAAGCAAAAUGCGCAAAGUUCACGCUCCCAUGCUAUUUUCUCUAUAUACUGCAAGGUGAAACAUAGUGGACAUGAAACAUGUGCAAAGUUAAACCUGGUCGACCUAGCAGGAUGUGAGAGUGUCAGGAAAACUGGUAACAAAGGCAGUACAUUUGAUGAGGGAGUUAAUAUCAACAAAGGCCUUUUAUGCAUAGGGCAAGUCAUGACAGCUUUGUCAGAUAAUUCUAGCUAUGUUCCAUAUCGCCAGUCAAUCAUCACAUCCAUUUUACAAGAUUCCCUGAACAAAAACAACUUUGUCUCACUCAUUGCUUGUGUCAGCAACUAUCAAGACGACACAACUGAAACAAUUCAAACACUGGAAUUCGCCUCUCGCGUAAAAAAAGUCAAAAGCAGACCUGAAGUGAACAAGGUCGUAUCUCAGUACAAAAAAGACAAUCCUAUACUGUUCCAAAAUACAAGGACUGCUGGUACACCCUUCAAAAGACCUCAGACUCCCAUGCGGACACCUGCGAAGCACUCUAGAAUGGCACUGAUGCCAUUGUUAUCCAACAAAGAGCAGUCAAGUGGUAGUAUUGCUUCAGACCAAAGCAGUAGUCUCAAAUCUUUUGGGACCAGUGUCAUGUCGGGAAUUUCGGCCAUUUCCAGUACCAGUGAUGUUCAGCAGACUCUGAGCCCAGUCAUACAGAAGUAUAUGAGCAAGAUGGAAGAUUCUUUAAUCAAGAAAAUGGAGGAUUCUUUGAUGAAGAAAAUGGAGGAAAUUGCCAAGAGUACACCCUGUGCAAACUGGAGUGACUUACAAACUGAAGUAAGAAAAAUUAAAACAGAAAUUGCACAGAUAUCAAGUGUAACCCUGAGCAGAAAAAAAGCUACAAGCAGUCCCAUAGAGGAACGCAUGUCCAGGGCCAAGAAAGUGCUUAGUUAUGGUAACUCUGCAAAUAAGACUCCAGAUUCAGAUAAUACCAAAGACCAAGUUGUAAAUAGUUUCAAAGUUCCUGAUAAACUAAUUGACCGAAAGAGAAAUAAUGUCAAUGUAAGACAUACUUUAUCAAUAUCUCCGAUUGAACCCGACCAACCAAGACGCAGUAUAAGACUCUCAAUAAAAAGACUUCAUGGAGACAUCGAGCCUGGCGACGUAACACAGAAAGACAAACGUAGGAGACUUUCAAAAAAUGGGGAUAUAGCUUUCGCUAACGGCAACUUGAUGACAUCCCAAAUAAAUGUCAGAAAAGGUGUUUCUGAUAGUAGUGUUUGUCAACCUCCUGUCAGAAGAAGUAUUAGGUUGGCCUUGAAAAAGACAGGGGAGGAAGAAAGCCUGGAGGAGGAGGAUCUAACGUUGGAGUCCAGUUAUUUGAAGAUUGGUGGUACCAGUUUUCUCGAAAGUACAUUGAAACUAAAAAUAAAGGAUAAUGAAAUUCUGCAAAAGGGGAAGAAAAAGAACGACACCUGCAAAGAUGCGAACAAGAAUAAUGUGUUGAAUGUUAAAGCAACGCCUGCUGGUAAAAGGCUUGUAAAAAAAAGCAAGAAUGAUAGUCCAUAUACGGCUCACACAAAGGUCGUCUUUAAAAGCUUGAGUGAGGGCGGACAGAAAGAAUUAGAAAGGUUGCACUAUGUGGGUUCCAAAACGGCUCAACAAAUUUUAUCAUUCAGGACGGUAAAAGGACCUAUAAAGAAUAUAUCUGACCUAAAAGAAAUCUUUGGACCAAAGAAGUUUAACACUUUCGUGAAGAAAAACUUUUUAAAAAUUGAAUUAUUGUAAAUGUUUUAUAUUUGCCAUUUAUGUACAAAACAAAUAGUGCGUGCGUCAGUCGAGUGAUAGUAAUAUAUGGAUAUUUUAUAUCUCA